AUGACAAGUCUCUCUGCUGACCUGCUGGGCUUACAAGUCUUUCUGUUGUUGGUUGAGCUUCUGGGGAAUGUUUUUCUCCUCACCUCCAUCAUGCGGACCAGGCAUGUUAAAACAUAUGGCUGCUUUCUGCUGGGACUAGCUGCGGCUAAUGUGGAGGAAAUUCUAAUGGUUAACAUCUACAGCCUUGUGGUCCUCAAGCUUUCUUCUACCAACAUAUCCACUUGCUGCGCAUUCAAAUUCCUGGUCCUUGUUGGUGAUAAUAUCAGCAUCUUCCUCACCAUCAACAGUGUUUUCUGCUACCGGAAGUUACAAGAUGCGAACAAGAGAGUGAGUCUUCCGGCUGCCCUGGACAACAUCAGACUCGCCUGGCUGAUGAGUGGGGCUUGUGUGUUCAUGUCUUUGCUCCUGAGCAGCCCGGUGCUGGUUCUGAGACCAGUAGAACCGCAGGGAAACAUUACACGAAACCACACCUGCUGCCCACAAGACUACGUCCACUGCAAUGAGGAUUACUGUCCGAUCCUCCUUCGCCUUAACAAAUAUGUCUUCAUCACUAGCUGUAACCUGCUGCCCUUGAUGGUGGUCACAGUCAGCAGCUGCCUCAUCAUCCUGGUUCUGCUGAGCCAGAGGAAGACAGUGGCACCAGUCUGAGUGGGCCAGCUCUGCAGAAAGACGGGCAUUCAGAGAAGUACAUGGCCAGUACUAGCUGCAAUGCUGCCAUUUCAGGUCGACUGGAUUAUAUAUAUAUAUAUAUACUGUUGUUUUCUGUUGAUGGCUGAGCCUGCUGUCUUGCCUUUGGAGUUCUUCAUUUCAACCUCUUAUACGUCUAUCAGCCAAUAUGUAUUCGGAAUCGGGGGUAACUUUUUCGCGCUCACGACGGUGUUCGACCGCAGCGCUGAUCCAGGAAGCAUCCAGCAUCCAAAGGUGAAACCUGCAACUUUUCCCAACUUGCUGGUGAGUGUGGAGCGACUGGCCUCCCCCUCCGUGGUGUGA